UGAACCUCCAAUAAUUACCGGAGUGGGAAGGCUUAUGAGAGAUGCGUCAAAGAGCCGCAGGGAGGCCAUCAGCGCAGGCUUGCUGGUCACGAGGGAAUCCUGGCUCUAAAAUCCUGAACGGGACGGCUUUUUGGCCUGGAGACAGUAAGGAUGCAACAGCACCCAGAAAGGAUGUCUCAGGCUCCAGAGGCUGAAAGCAAUGAGAUGGCAGAGCUCAGGCCAGAGGCCCAGUUCCUCACCACAAGUCGCAGCAGUCAUAAAAUUGAUUGUAUCAUCUGCUAUUGCUCCUAUGAUCUGUCAGCCCAUUUGCCUCGCCGCCUCUACUGUGGCCACACUUUCUGUCAGACCUGCAUCAGGCGCCUUAACACAGUCGCUAAUGAGCAGUGGUGGAUUCCGUGUCCGCAGUGCCGUCAAAACACACCUACCCCUCGUGGAGGAGUGACCAUGCUUGAUUUGGACUUGACAGCCUUCUUAGCGGUCAAGUCUGAGAAGGAACAUCCUCGGGUGGUGGGAAAGAUAGAAUAUGAGCAGGCCUCAAAAGUACCUACUAAGGAGAAGCCAAUCACACAGCAGCCCCUGGGCCUUUGCCAGGAGACACUGCCACAGCCAUACUUUCCACAGAAUAACUGCUGUGGCCACUGCCUUUGCUGUGUCACCACCACAGCUGCUUUUCAGGGCUGACUGAGUUUUUGAUUUGAGUAGCAGGGGCUGGUCCCCCAUGAAGCUUAGAACAAGAGCCAUUUUAGGUCUUCAACAAAGUAUGUGGCAACCUUGGCCUUUUCAGCCUUCUUGAAGAAAAUACCUUGCUUUGAUUGGUUUCCAACCUCAUUUACUGAUUGGCUGAGGGCUGUAUAUAAACCUUCCUGGGCCAGGUCAAACCACAUUCAUGAACAUUCAGUUGGUGAUGACAGAUAGUAGCUUACAAGUAUGCCAAUGUUCUGUUAGGCCAGUCAUCUUCCAUCCAUUGCAUGUCUUUUUGUGGUCUUCUGUGGAUGUUGACAUUGAUUACUGCCUGAUUUAUCCACAUAAUUAUUCUAAUCUUCAACUAAGCUUGAUAACGAAUCCCAUAAUGACAAUGGACAGUGAGGCACUGAUGUUUGCUGGGAAAACACAUGUGAUGAGCCUAGUUCCUAGCUUCAAGUUAUGCAACAUGUUCCAACUUCUGAAGUGAAAUUAAUAUUGACAUGGGGAUUUUUCGGUGGGGUGAAGAAAGAUGAAGAGAAUAGGUUGGUUUUUGCAGAUUCUUUUGCUGCUUGGAGGGGUCCCAAAUUUCUGUGUUUCUUGAUACCACCACAUUUGUGCCCUGCCAGGUAUACAUCCUUUUAUGUUCUGCUAAAUUGAAGAAGGGAUGUGCAAAAUUUGAGAAGUCAGGAGGGGAGGACAUAGACCUUGUAAAGAGUUAUGAAAUGUGUACGUGUGUAAAAUCAGAAAAGAAGGGGGGAAGAAGAAAAGUUCUUUGUGUUGUGAAGUCUGUUGAAUAGUUGGCCAUGUACCUAAUCAUAAUGUAGAUUAAAUAUUAAUUUUGAUAAAGCAUGGGAGGCAGCUGAACGGUACUGGAAGUUCAAUUGUGGCUGAACUAUGUACUUGGUACUUUAAUUUCCUCAUGUCAUUCCACUUUGAACAGGGCAAGUGAAACUAAUUAAUCCCAAUCUAAAAUGUCUGAAGGAUUUCACUCAUGCAGUCAAGUAGCUUUUGACAAAUGUAAUCAACCUAUCAACAAAAAUGCUUAAUAUGCAUACAUAUUGACAUACAUAACAUUUCUGUUCCAGAAAUCUUGAGUCAUUGUGACUCUCUUUCUUAAUUAAAUGUG